AUGACAAAUGGUGAGUCUAUAACAAGCUGUACAGCAACAGCCAUCCAAACCUGCAACCACCACGACAACGUCAUUAUCAACAACAUCAUGACAAAUGGUGAGUCUAUAACAAGCUGUACAGCAACAGCCAUCCAAACCUGCAACCACCACGACAACGUCAUUAUCUACAACAUCAUGACAAAUGGUGAGUCUAUAACAAGCUGUACAGCAACAGCCAUCCAAACCUGCAACCACCACGACAACGUCAUUAUCAACAACAUCAUGACAAAUGGUGAGUCUAUAACAAGCUGUACAGCAACAGCCAUCCAAACCUGCAACCACCACGACAACGUCAUUAUCAACAACAUCAUGACAAAUGGUGAGUCUAUAACAAGCUGUACAGCAACAGCCAUCCAAACCUGCAACCACCACGACAACGUCAUUAUCAACAACAUCAUGACAAAUGGUGAGUCUAUAACAAGCUGUACAGCAACAGCCAUCCAAACCUGCAACCACCACGACAACGUCAUUAUCAACAACAUCAUGACAAAUGGUGAGUCUAUAACAAGCUGUACAGCAACAGCCAUCCAAACCUGCAACCACCACGACAACGUCAUUAUCAACAACAUCAUGACAAAUGGUGAGUGUAUCACCGGCUGUACAGCAACAGCCAUCCAAACCUGCAACCACCACGACAACAUUAUUAUCUACAACAUCAUGACAAAUGGUGAGUCUAUAACAAGCUGUACAGCAACAGCCAUCCAAACCUGCAACCACCACGACAACGUCAUUAUCAACAACAUCAUGACAAAUGGUGAGUCUAUAACAAGCUGUACAGCAACAGCCAUCCAAACCUGCAACCACCACGACAACGUCAUUAUCUACAACAUCAUGACAAAUGGUGAGUCUAUAACAAGCUGUACAGCAACAGCCAUCCAAACCUGCAACCCACACGACAACGUCAUUAUCAACAACAUCAUGACAAAUGGUGAGUCUAUAACAAGCUGUACAGCAACAGCCAUCCAAACCUGCAACCACCACGACAACAUCAUUAUCAACAACAUCAUGGAUGAGGAUGACAAAUGGUGA